GCUCCGGCGCGAUUACUUUUCGAUAUGUUUGGACAAUAUCACGCUAGAGCAAUCAUCUACACCUGUAUCUCUCAGCAGCUUGUCUUCCUCAAUGCUGCAAUGAAUUUCGCGCUCUACUGUUUGGUAUCGAAGCGUUAUCGUAUUCUGAUGCGACAGACGAUCAAACGUCUGCUACGUGUUGUGAAGGCUGUCGAUCGGCCGUUGAAGUCGAGUGGAGUACGUCAGAGUAAAAGUUCAACAGCACCGACAACAUCGAUGGAGGAUCAAAGCCGAAAUCAUCUACAUAUUGUCAUCUGA